GAUAGCAAGAACUCAACAGAGACUAGGAGAGCUUGCAGUGAAGACAACUGGACCUGAGCACUACUGGUGCAGACAUUCUGGCACCUGUAUGUAUAUGACACAGCCCAUCAACAGGACCAGUUCUCUGCGCGUGCUUUUUCUUGCUUGCUUGCGUUUAUCCUCUUCACUGCCAAAAUGCUACCAGUGCUGCUGCUACUGCUUUCACUAGCUUUUGCCUCUUUCAGCAAAUGCUGUUACUGUUUGUCUCGUCUCAGGCGACCUACAGAGACGUAAAGCGGUGUGUGUCCUUUUCAAGUUGGCGAUUUCGGUAGAAUACCUGGUUGGCGUAAUUAGAUUACUUUCAAAAUCAAUUGUAUCGAUAUCUUUCGAAGGAGUUUUGAAACGGUGUUUUCAGCCAUCAUGGCAAGCGGCAAGAUUUUCUUUUCCGCAUUGGUUUUGUUCGUGAUUUCGGUGAAGUUGCCGGAAGUCGAUGCAGGAAUAAAAUUCAAUGAAGCUUUCAUGGAUCGCCAGCGCGGCAUGCACAUCCUUACGUCUAUGAAGGAAUAUGAGAACAAGCAAGGCUUUGAGGCAACCUUAGGCUUCGUUUCUGAAUCUGGAAACGACACAUACGGUGAAGAUAUCAAUCCAUUGCAAGUGACAGUCAGGAUUGAAAAGAAGACACGAUUGCGGGUGUACAUUUCAGACUAUUCCAAUUCUCGAUGGGAAGUGCCUCACAGCCUCCUUCCCCGACCCAAACUAUCCUCAAAACUAAAGCACGUCUCCUCUCCCCAACUAGCUGUUACCUAUACUCGAAAACCAUUUGGAUUUGCUGUGACAAGGAUAUCGAACGGGGAGGUGUUAUUCAACUCGACACCUCCGACGACAGGCAACAAAAACUUAUUGUUCAACUCACUGGUUUUCAAAGACCAAUAUCUGGAACUGUCUACCCAGUUGCCUUCCACAGCAGCUUUGUUUGGUCUGGGCGAAAGCACACGGCCUGACGGUUUAAAGCUCAACAAGAAUCGCACUUUUACGUUGUGGGCUACCGACACCGGAUCUAUAAGGACCGAUGUGGAUUUGUAUGGAUCGUAUCCAUUUUACCUGGAUGGCCGUGAAGGAGGAUUGUUUCAUGGUGUUUUGCUUCUCAAUAGCAACGGCAUGGAGGUUGUUUAUCAGGAGAAUUAUUUGACAUACAAAGUGCUGGGAGGCGUUUUGGAUUUUUACUUCUUUCUAGGUCCAAGUCCACUGGAUGUUGUGGAUCAAUUUACUCAACUUGUUGGGAGACCCGCUCCUCAACCAUAUUGGUCAUUUGGAUUUCAUCAAUGUCGUUGGGGUUAUAGGAAUGUGAGUAUGACAAAGGCUGUUGUUGAAAAUUUUAGAAAAGCAAAGAUUCCUCUCGAUACUAUGUGGAAUGAUAUUGAUUAUAUGGAUAAAUAUAAAGAUUUCACAAAUGACAAAGAGAGAUUUCCUUUGGAAGAAUGGCGAGCAUUUGUAGAUGAAUUGCAUGCCAAUGGACAACAAUAUGUUAUUAUUAUUGAUCCAGGUAUUAGUAUUGCAUAUCAAAAUUAUGGAACAUAUAUACGUGGACUUGAAGCCAAUAUUUAUCUAAAAAAGCAAAAUGGAGAGAACUAUUUGGGUCAAGUAUGGCCUGGGCCAGUUUUUUUUCCAGAUUUUUUCCAUCCAAAUGCAACUCAAUGGUGGAUUAAUGAGACGCAAAGUUUUUACAAUCAAAUACCUUUUGACGGAAUGUGGAUUGAUAUGAAUGAGCUUGCUAAUUUUUGUACGGGAAUAUCAUGUACAUGGAAUGGUACAAUAAUUGACGAUUAUACAAGUUGUUAUUUACAAUGUCCAAAUGUACUUAAUCACACCAAGUAUGACAUUCCCACUUACAAAAUCAACCAUGAAGGAACAUAUGAAGGUCUUGGUUAUAGAACGGCAGCAAUGACAGUAAAACAUUAUGAUGGAACAAUUGAAUAUAAUGUUCAUAAUUUGUAUGGACUUUCUGAAGCAAUUGCGACAAAUAAAGCAAUGACUAUAGUGCGUGAAAAGAGACCCUUUGUUCUUUCUCGAAGUGGUUUCAUUGGCUCGGGAGCUCAUACUGCUCAUUGGACUGGAGAUAAUGGUGCAUCUUUUAAUGAUCUAGCAUAUUCUAUAGUAACGGUGUUAAAUUUUGGAAUUUUUGGAAUACCAAUGAUUGGAGCAGAUAUAUGUGGAUUUAAUGAUGAAACUACUGAAGAUAUAUGCAAUCGAUGGAUUCAAGUUGGAGCAUUUCAUCCAUUUUCUAGAGCGCAUAAUAAUAUUGCUAAUAAACCUAAAGAAUUGUAUCUUUGGGAAUCAGUUACAAUCUCAGCUCAAAAAGCUUUGGGUUUGAGAUAUCGUUUGCUUCCUUUCUUUUACACUUUAAACUAUGAAGCAAAUAAAAAAGGAUAUCCUAUUGUAAGACCUUUGUUUUUUGCUUUUCCUACAGAUCCAAAUACUUUAAAUGUUAACUACCAAUUUCUUAUUGGUAAUAGCAUUUUAGUAUCUCCAGUAGUUACAGCAAAUACAACUUCAAUUGAAGCAUAUUUUCCCAAAGGCACUUGGUAUAAUAUGUUUGAUUGGUCAAAAAUACAAAGUGUAGGUGAAAAUUUCACUUUAAGUGCACCAUGGGAUUCAAUUAAUGUACAUAUUCAUGAAGGUGUUAUCCUUCCAUUACAAGAAAGUGCAUUGACAUCAAUUGAGGUUCGAAAAACACCUUUUACAUUGGUGGUGGUUUUUCCAAGUGGUGCUUUAAGUGGAAAAGCAAAUGGAUAUGUCUUUUUAGACAAUGGAGACGAGAUUAUUAUUUACUUAAAAGUAAAUAAGUCAAGCCUUAUUAUAUUUGAAGCAUCUCUCAAAAAUGGAGAAGGAGUCCUAAAAUCCAAACUAAAAUUUAAAGAAUAUGCACUUGAAGAAGGUUGGAUUCUUGAUGGUGUUAUAUUAUUAGGAAUAAACACUACACAUACUUCCUUCUAUUUCAACAAAAAUUCAAUAAAUCCCGAAAGGAAGAUUCUAGGAGAAGAAGGUUUACAUAUUUCAGGCCUAAACUAUCCUUUGGGGGAGGCCUUUGAACUUAAGUGGAAUAGUACUUGAUGGUUUUAAUAGUUUUGUAGAGUUUGAGAGAAAUUUCAAAAUGUACACUUGAAUAAUAUUGUAAUAAACUUGAAAUUUCAUAAAUUUCUAAUCUUAAAUCUA